CUCUCACAAGCUUCUCACACAGCGACGUCCCGUUCGCGGUCGAUGUUAACGGGAGUGUAACGAAGGUGUCACGCGCUGGGAAGGGAGCUUGGCAUUUUUAGUCUUGGUAGACAGAAGCCCAGUCAAAUACGGUUAUCAAAAUACAGAUCGAGUGGACAAAACCUGAAGCUGUCAAAAUGUUACAGGUCUACAACAAACAUACCAGCCAUGAAUGUCCAGCUGGAUAAUUCCUGUGGUUUCUUCCUUCCUAUGUUAACAAUGAAGCGGUGUCUACGUCUCUUAUUCAUUGCGACAAUAAUACUUGGUGUGUUUAGACUGUUGUACAUACUAUUUGCCAAACAAGUGUAUGGCGAGCCCAAACUCCACCCACGUCUGCUCUGGUCAAAGCGCUACCUUCCGUCUGAGGGCCACCAGAAGGGAAGUUUCAGUGUUCAGCUAAUAAACCUGAGAGUUAUUGUUCUCACCUAUAAUCGAGCAGAAGCUUUGACAAGGUGCCUGGCAUCGUUGAAUGAGGCCGAGUACUAUGGUGACACGGUUCACAUUGAUGUUUGGAUCGACCGCUCAAAGAACGGAGACAUAGAUGAUUAUACCUAUACAGCAGCCUUGCUGUGCCAGUUUAAGUUUGGCACUAUUACUGUGCAUAACCACACACGCCAUGUCGGAAUAUACGGACAGUGGAUUGGUACAUGGAAAGUAAAAGAGCAAACUGAAGAAAUCGCUAUUUUCCUUGAAGACGAUCUCACAGUAUCGAAGUACUUCUACAAGUGGCUGAAGGCAGUUCAUGCAAAGUAUGACUCAGUUGCCAACAUAAAUGGCUAUUCCACACAGGGGAUGAGCAUGAAGCACUCUGGUGAUCCUGGAUGGCUCCAGGUACCGCAAUCAGAAGUGGUCUUCAGCUAUCCAGUAUUAGGGACUUGGGGAUUUUCACCCAGCCGGAAGAAUUGGAUUGGAUUUUUGAAUUGGUAUCAGAUUGCAGCUUCUAAUGCUUCUUUUCAUCCAUUGGUGCCUGGUCUGAAACCGUCUGAAUGGUACAACAGUUUUAUCAAGUCAGGCAGGACUGACUCGAUGUGGUCAAUGUGGCACAUCUAUUAUGCACACAUGAAUAAUGAGCUCACAAUAUAUCCGAAUUUGCCUCUCAGACAAGGCUUGACAACGAAUGGGAACGAAAAAGGGUUGCAUUUCUCUGCGAAACAGAAAACACAAGCAGGCACAGCCCUUGAUAAAUGGAAUGAUAAAUACAGUGCCCUUCCUGCAGUCCCAGUCCAGCUUGACACUCACGGCAGAGUGGUGAGGUCAUGACAGUACCAGUAUGUUUCUUGAUCUGCUGGUCCAUUCAGUGUUGUUGCGAAGGACAUGCAGCUUGUCAGGUCUUCACAGAACUAAUACUUGGUACAUGUGGCUUGUCAGGGCAUAACAGAACUAAUACUUGGUACAUGCGGCUUGUCAGGGCAUUACAGAACUAAUACCUGGGACAUGCGGCUUGUAAGGGCAUUACAGAACUAAUACCUGGUACAUGGGGCUUGUCAGGGCAUAACAGAACUAAUACUUGGGACAUGCGGCUUGUCAGGGCAUAACAGAACUAAUACCUGGGACAUGUGGCUUGUCAGGGCAUAGUAGAACUAAUACUUAGGACAUGUAGCUUGUCAGGGCAUAACAGAACUAAUACCUGGGACAUGUGGCUUGUCAGGGCAUAACAGAACUAAUACUUGGGACAUGUAGCUUGUCAGGGCAUAACAGAACUAAUACCUGGGACAUGUGGCUUGUCAGGGCAUAACAGAACUAAUACUUGGGACAUGUAGCUUGUCAGGGCAUAACAGAACUAAUACCUGGGACAUGUGGCUUGUCAGGGCAUAACAGAACUAAUACCUGGGACAUGCGGCUUGUCAGGGCAUUACAGAACUAAUACCUGGGACAUGCGGCUUGUCAGGGCAUAACAGAACUAAUACUUGGGACAUGUGGCUUGUUGGGGCAUAACAGAACUAAUACUUGGGACAUGUGGCUUGUCAGGGCAUAACAGAACUAAUACCUGGGACAUGUGGCUUGUCAGGGCAUUACAGAACUAAUACUUGGUACAUGCAGCUUGUUAGUAGGUAAAGACAUUAUUUUAUUCACUUUCAGCACUUCAGGCACUUUGAAGUCAGGAGAAGAAGACCCCUGUUAUGUCAUUUAUUUAGUUUUGUGAAACAAAAGCGAACACAUUACCGCUGGCAUGUUAACACAGAAAAUAAGAUGUCAUUGUAAAUGGUUUUUAUGAACGUAAACUUCCCAAUUGCCCUGGUGCUUUCUACAGCAAGAAACUGUAUGUAUGUCUCCUUACUGACUCUUACAAAGUAAGAAUAUGUAGCAGUGGAAUGACCAGAUAUGCGAAUGUAUUUUAGUAUUGACAGAGAGGGCUGUUAGAAAUUAACAGAAUUAUUAAGGUAAAUGCAUGUAUCGCUAUAAGAACAGAUUACUCACCACAUGCUACACAACACACGCAAUAGAGGCCGACAGUGGUUGAUAUUAGAUUGGAAACGCUCGAAUGAUGAGUAAUUAAUCACUAAUCGAGGUCAUAUUGUAUACAUCAGUAAAGGAGGAAAAAUCUAGAAAUAUUUAUCCAGAAUUUGUAUGUGCAAGAAAUUGUUUGGUAGACAGGGAAAAAACUAAUUUGCAAAGGGUUGUUUCGGAUUUUCUCUCUACUUCAAAAGUACUUCUUUUAUAUACGUUCUUGUGUGUAUUCCUAUUUGGGAGUCAAUAUGUAAUAUUGUAAUAUUACAGUGGAAUAAAAAUGAUCAUGUUC